AUGGCAGGCAAGAAGAAAGAAGCGAGUUUGCAGGCGUCUGUCACAAACCAAGAGCAGUGGGAAGAGAUGCUUGCAACCAAAGGUUUAACAGUUGUAGAUGUGUACCAACAGUGGUGCGGCCCCUGUCGAGCUGUGGUUAGUCUCUUACGGAAAAUAAAGAACGAACUGGCUGAUGACCUAUUGCAUUUUGCCACAGCCGAGGCAGACAGCAUUGACACUUUGGAGAAGUAUCGAGGGAAAUGCGAGCCCACCUUCCUCUUCUAUGGGGGUGGGGAGCUGGUGGCGGUGCUGCGAGGGGCCAACGCUCCUCUGCUUCAGAGGAUAAUUGUGGAGGAACUGGCCAAGGAGAAAUUGGUCCUGGAGACAGGUGUUGAACGCAAAGGGGUUACAGAUGAAGGUCUGGUGGAUGAUGAGAAAAAAGACGAGAAGACGCCUGAGCAGUCAGAAGAAGAAGACAGCAUAAUAGUUCCUGCCAGUAAAUCCUACACAGUGGCCAUCAUAAAACCAGAUGCUGUUGCUCACGGCAAGGCAAAUGAGCUCAUUAUGAAGAUUCAAGACGCUGGGUUCGAGAUCCUGGCCCAAGAGGAACGCACGCUGACUGAGGCUGAGGCUCGAGAUUUUUACCAGCAUAAAGCAGAAGAGGCUUGCUUUGAGGAGUUGGUGCAGUUUAUGUCCAGUGGUCCGUCCCACGUUCUGGUUCUCUCUCAGGUUGAGGGCUCAGCUAACGUUGUCCCAGCAUGGCGGGAGUACAUUGGUCCAGCAGACAUAGAGGAAGCCAGGAGGGAAAAACCAGAAAGCUUGCGGGCACAAUACGGCACACAGACACUGUUCAACGCCGUGCACGGCAGUGAGGACAUCGACCAGGCCAGCAGGGAGCUCGCCUUCUUCUUCCCCAACUUUAGGACGGCCUCAGCAACGGAGCAGGAUGGGGAGGAAGAGCGUGUGGAGAGGACACUGGCUCUUAUCCGGCCUGACGUUGCCAGAGAAAAAAGAGAGGAGAUCUUGGCUCAUAUCCAUAAGUCAGGCUUCACCGUGGCUCUCCAAAGAGAUGUGCUGUUGACAGAGGAGCAGGUCAGACAGUUUUACUUCCAACACGUUGAGGAGGACUAUUUUCCUGCACUGCUCCGAAGCAUGACCAGUGGGCCGGUGCUAGCUUUGGCUCUGGCCAGAACGGGAGCUGUCUAUCUCUGGAAGAACAUUCUUGGUCCCUCUGACGUUCAUGAAGCCAAAGAUGAAAAUCCUGAAUGUCUAAGGGCUCAGUUUGCUGUGAAGAACGAGCCCAUCAACCAGCUGCAUGGCAGCGAGAGCCUGGAAGCGGCCGAACAAGAGAUUAACUUCUUCUUCCCUAAACAGAAAACUCUAGCAGUCAUCAAACCUGAUGCAAUGGAGGAACACAGAGAUAACAUUUUGCAGGAGAUCAGGGGCAGCGGUUUCUCUGUAACGCAGCUGAAGGAGGCGGUGAUGUCGAGGGACAUGGCUGAGGAGUUUUACAAAGAGCAGAGAGAGAAGCCUUUCUUUAAACAACUGGUGGAGUUCAUGUGUCGGGGGCCCUGUUUGAUGCUUGUACUCACCAAGGAAAAUGCAGUGGAGGAGUGGAGGGCCAUAAUGGGCCCCACAGACCCAGAACAAGCGAAGGAAACAUCCCCAGACUCUCUGAGGGCGCGCUUUGCCUCCGACAUCCUCCACAACUCGGUCCACGGCUCCUCCAAUGAGCAGCAUGCAGAGGAGAAGAUCCGUUUUAUCUUCGGUGACAUCUGCUCUGACGCAGAGCUCACCGCUGAUGGAGGGACUAACACGAUCACUUCAGAGAAAGAGCAAGACAAUUCUUCAGAUGAAAACACAGGAAUGUCCAGAUCUUCCACUGAAGAAAUGUCUGAUAACCAUCAUGAAGGUGACCAACAUAAUUCAGAUCCCUGCAGCCCACAGAGAGAAGGGAGUGACGAUCCGGAGCAGGGAAACUGAAUCCAUCCUAGUUUCGCUUUUAUUGUGGGGCUGAUUCUGUAACAUAAUGGUGAAACACAAAAUCUGUCACUAUGAAUCAUGAAAUAUACAAUAAGACGUGACAUGUACAAACUUU